CCAGGAGAGAUGAAGAAGAAGCGUCCGCCUGUGAAGGUGGAGGACUUGAAAGGGGCCCGCAGUAAGCUGGGCCUGAAGGGAGAAGUGAAGAGUAAAACAUACGAAGUCAUGGUGGAGUGUGAACGUAUGGGCAAGACAGCUCCAUCAGUGUUUAGUGGAUUGCGCACCGGAACAGAGACUGCACUGGACAAACCCAAAGCUCCAUCAGGCAGUGUCUUCAGCAAGUGAGGAGAUCAGAUCAGGAAACCAUCUGCAUUAAAGGGAAAGAUGGCUGACAGCCCACUGUGGGCCAAUACUUUAAGAACCAUUUUUAAGAAAGGCUGGUGUAUAGUUAUAUGAUGAUUGAACUGGAAUUUGGAAUUACACAUUUGAUCUUAUUUCCAAAUGUUGAAUUAAUUUUUGUAUAAUUUGUACAAUAUUUGGUUGAUUCUUUUGUUCCCAUUUCAAGUCUUAUGUUUUAUACAUUAAAACGUUCUAAUAACAA